CCCGUGUCAGCGCUUCCGAAAGAAUGGCUGCGAGUUCGCCCCGGCCCAUCAGGGUCGAGUACGUCGGCACCAAAUCCCUCGAGUGGGAGCCAGUACUACCAUCGUCGCCCAGCAGUACCGAGCCCUCGAAUACUGCAGCUUCUACCCCGGCUCCGACACCAGACCUGCCGGAUUCGCAGGGCUCGGGGUCACUGCAAUUGUCCCGGUACGCCCGAGAUGAGCUUUCCGAUAUCCUAUCCGAGUACGCCCCCACCGACACUGCCAAGCUGGAUAAGGCGAAGCGGGCAAAGCUAACCUAUUGCGUAUUGGCUAUAUUUGACGACCCGGCAUCGGAGCUUUUCACAUUUGAUAUAGAGAAUAUGAAGCGUAGCCUUGAGAAGAAGGGCGACUCAUCAGCCUUUAUGACCUAUCUCAAGUUCGUAUAUUCGAUAUAUAUACCCAAGAUCCAGUUUAUACUCGAUACCUGGAUGAACCAGGCGAAGAACUCGAAACGUAAGAGGUCGGACACGUCUUGGCAUACUACGCCGACGGUCGAGGAUCUUCCCACCGGAGACACCAGAGACAGGGCCGGCCGUUCUAACGCAGACAAGAUCGCCCAGGCCAAAGUGCCAAAGUGGUACGGCGGAAGCUGUGUUCUCUCUGGCGGCACACCGGUCGACGGGGCACACAUUGUAGACGUGAGGGCCUCGGGGAUGAAUGCCCUCCACUUCUGGGAGACGCUGGACAAGUUUGGUGGCCUUAUCAAAGGUGCCUGGGACCAUUGCGGGUCCGGCACCAUCGUGGACUUCCGGCGUGGGAGCGACGAUAAGCUUAUGUUCCCGCGCCUCGAGCAUGGCGACGUCUACGAGCUAUCUACGGCCGAUCCAGUCAGGUGCCCACUACCCAGUAUCCAAUUUCUGCAGAUUCGCUACGCCGUCCAGAAGAUCAUUGCGGGCCCGAUGGCCGCCGGCGCGCUCAAGGACAUCUUUAGUGGCGAGCCGCCCGAGGACGGGCCAGGCCCUGCCCGCCACGAGGAACCCUUAGCCGGCGAUUGGGAGGUCCUCCUCGAAGCGGCCGUGGAAGCCGAAGUCCUGACCGGGGACGCGGCGGGGCGGUGGGCCAGAUCGUUUCAGGACGCGGCCUACGAUAAGGCCGAACAAGAAGCCAGGCUUCUUGCCGAGUUUCUUGCCGAGGAAGAGGAACUGGCUUCGUCAGAGCAAGAGGCGGGUGGAAUGGGAUGGGGUAAAUAUGGUCCGCCUCCUCCAGAUAUCGACCAGCACGAUCUCCUUCUACGCGAAGACUGUACCAUUCUACCCUCCCGGCCCGCUACGGGGAGACACGGGGGAUAUAUGCCGCAAGUCGCACCCGGCGUGGGUGGUAUGUAA